AUGCUCUCGUCGUCGCGAUCCGCCGCCUCAACGGCCUUGCGAGCCAAGCCCGCAGCCGCCCUGGUUCCCUUCCGCGCCGCAGCCGCCCUGCCCGCCCUCCAGAUCACCUCCCGCCACGCGUCGUCGUCCCUGACCCCCCACGGCGCCGGAUCGUCCCUCUCCCCGGCCAGGAAGGAAGUCCCCCUCCCCAGCGAAGAGGGCACCAAGGGCGUGGUCCAAUACGCGCUGACCUCCCUCGACAUCAUCGCCAACUGGGCCCGCCAAUCCUCCCUCUGGCCCAUGACGUUCGGCCUGGCCUGCUGCGCCGUCGAGAUGAUGCACCUCUCCACGCCGCGGUACGACCAGGACCGCCUGGGAAUCAUCUUCCGAGCCUCCCCCCGCCAGUCCGACGUCAUGAUUGUCGCCGGCACCCUGACCAACAAGAUGGCUCCCGCUCUCCGCCAGGUCUACGACCAGAUGCCCGACCCGCGGUGGGUCAUCUCCAUGGGCAGCUGCGCCAACGGCGGCGGCUACUACCACUACAGCUACAGCGUCGUCCGGGGCUGCGACCGCAUCGUCCCCGUCGACAUUUACGUCCCCGGCUGCCCGCCCACCAGCGAGGCGCUCAUGUAUGGAAUCUUUCAGCUGCAGAGGAAGAUGCGAAACACCAAGAUUACUCGCAUGUGGUACAGACGGUAG